AUGAUCCCAGGCUUCACCAGCGUGACUUUCUUUGUGCUUUGGGCUGCAGAUGUUUCUCAGUCUGUGCUGAUCACUCAGUGGCCCCACUACAUCUCCAGUCCUCCCAGUGGCUCAGCAGAAAUGCACUGCUACCAGAAUGACACCGAUUAUCCAUAUCUGUUCUGGUACCGACAGCCGAAAGGAGAAAGUUUUCAGUUUAUUGUGUCUGUCGUAGCUGGGACUGUAAACUACGAAGAAGGAUUCAAAUCUGGUUUUCAGGCACUGAAAUCAAGCGACAAGCAGUGGUCUCUGACAAUAACCAGCAUUCAGCAUAAAGAUGAGGCAGUUUAUCUGUGUGCUACCAGUCUGCACAGUGCUAACGAAGCUUAUUUCGGCCAGGGAACAAAACUGACUGUUCUUGAUCCAGAACUUACAGUCACCCGACCGACAGUGAAAGUGCUUCAACCUUCAGCAAAAGAGUGUAAAAACAGUAGAGGCAAUGCGGAGAAGACCAUUGUAUGUUUGGCCACUGGAUUCUACCCAGACCAUGUCAGUGUGUCCUGGCAGGUCGGUGGAGUCGACACCAUCCCUGGUGUGGCGACUGACAACGCUGCCCUGCAGGGGGAGGACAAGUAUUACACCAUCACCAGCAGGCUGAGGGUCUCUGCCAAAGAGUGGUACAACCCCAACACUGAAUUCAAGUGCACUGUCAGCUUCUUCAAUGGGACAGAUACAAAAUCUUACUCAGAUUCAGUUUCUGGAGAAGAAGCUAAAGAAGGUGUCCUGACAAGAGAGAAAUAUCUGAAGAUCGCACAGACUGCCAAACUCUCCUACGGUGUUUUCAUCGUCAAGAGCAUGGUCUACGGAGUCUUUGUGGCAUUCCUGGUGUGGAAGCUUCAGAAUUCGAGUGGAAAGCGAAACCACUGAGAGCUGAGCUGAGCGGAUGCAUUCUGGGAAGUCGAAAAUGUUUCUGUAAAUAAGCGCUGAACUUUGUAUGUUAUAGUGUAUUUGCAUUCUGCUAAAAUAGAUGAACAGUCAUGUGCUUAUUCUUGUUAAAGGGUAACUUCGGUAUUUUUUUGACAGGCUCAGAUUAUGAUUAGAAGUGUCUGACAACAUUAUAGAAAGGAUCCCUGCAGAGAUAGACCUUUUUGUUAGAGAGUAAGAUCAUUUUUAUCUAACUAAAAACAGCCUCAAAAUCGCUAUCACAAAACCAGCCAGACUCCAUUCAAAUAAAUAGUAAUUUUAGCAUGUACACAGGCAGCAUAUAUUCAUAUAUAACUCUGUGAAUUGAAGGUUGGUUUCUACCAAACUAGAGUUGGUGAUUGCAGAACAGUGGAAAGACGAACCACAAUAAAUUUUCUGAGUUUGAUUUGAUUUCUGUUGGCUUUGAAUAAAGUCCGUUGUAGUUUAUUUAAAUGGAGUCUGGUGGGUGUGACGAUGGCGGUGCUUCUGUUUAAACAAAAGGGAUUUUACUCUAAUCUCUGUAGGGAACCUUUCCAUAAGUUGUCAGACACCUAUACUACCAAUCUGAGCCUGUCAGAAAUUAAAUAGACUCAAAUUGCUGGUGCACAAUUGCCCAAUACUGUUACAUUGCAGCCUGUUUCGUCGCUGCUGGUUGCGCACUCUUGCUCAAUAUUAAACCAAUUUCAAGAAUUGUUGUUCCCAUCAGUCACUUAGACUCAAAAGCAUGGAUAUAUAAAGUCCAGGUUGGAAAAUACUGAAUUUGCCCUUUAAGUUAUAACUGACAUGUAGAUAUGUUGACAUCACAUUUUCAUAAAUACUUCUGAUAAUAAUUUGUGGUUUGUGGUUGCAAAUUGCUUGUUUGCUUAAUUUGCUUCUCAAUAAAAGUGUUUCAGAGGAUCUAA